GAAGAGGCUGAAGCAGGAGGAGGAAGCUGACAGCAGCGCAGGGCUCUCCUCCUUGCGGGCUCUGCAGCCUGGGAUCUCCGCCCCAGUCACACUUGGCUUCAGCUCGGAGCCCGGAUGCGCCGCCAUGCCGCCUCCUUCACCGAAUGAAAUCAUUUAUUAACCAACCCUCCUGAUACCCAACGACUAGAGUUAAUUUAGGAGCAGUCUGAACGAACAGUGGAGCCCGAGUGGGGUUCAGACCAGGGCAUAUUAUCCACGCCGCGCGUGUCUGUGCACCUUCCCACUCCAGUGUUUCUAUUGAGACGGUUGUGUGGGGUAGCUAUGCUAACGUUAGCCUGAGCGGAGCGGAGCGGUGACAGUCGGGAGGCGGGGAGAGAGCUCCACAGCGAGGUGAGACUGUUAUUCUGAUGGGGACUACACAUGCGGAUCCAGAAAAGAAUAUCUUUGAAAGCUAAAAGAGAUGUCUGUAGAGGAACAAACCACGAAAGUUGGCAGUCCAAAAGCCAGCUCAGCGUCACCUCUGCAGCUUUCAGACUGUACUGGAGGCUACAGCAGUGUCUCUGUGAUGAUGGAGGAAGCUGCAGCCACUCCAGACUUUGCAGCUGCCUGUCCCGCCCCAGAAACUGCAGCCUCGCCAAAAAAUAUAAGCACGGACGACACUGGACAGAGACCCAAAGGGAACGACAACAGCAUCCAGCGCAGGAACACCUUCCAUCAUCCUAAACAGCAACAGCAAUCAAAGCUAACUAAGCGACGCUACACUGCAAGUUCCGGUUUCAAGUAUCCCACAUCUGGGAAGAGGAGACGAAGGGCCAACUCUGAGAGCGACUCUGUCCUGCCCACCAACUUCCUCUUGGGAGGCAACAUUUUUGACCCGCUUAAUCUCAACAGCCUGCUGGACGAAGAGGUCAACAGGGCACUCAACGCGGAGACGCCAAAAUCCUCACCGCUGCCGUCGAAGAGUCGGGAUCCUGUCGAGAUUCUGAUCCCUAGAGACAUCACAGAUCCCCUAAACUUGAACAGUGGAAUAACAGGCAGCAGUUUUUUGGUGUCCCCCUUCAAAAGUGGUGGAAGGAAAAGACAUCGCAACAGACACCAUGGGGGAGGAGCCGGAGGAGUGAGCGGGAUUUCAGCCACGCAGAUGAACCUGUCAGAAUCAGAUAAAAGCGAAGUCAAAGUCAACACUUCCACUGAACCUCCAAGUAUGUCAGGUUCAUCCUCUGCACAAGACCCCAUCAAAGAGCUCAACAGUUUGUCAAGUGUCUCCGGAGAUUCUCACGAACACUCCGCUAACAGCUCAUUUAGCUCCAAGGAGGAGAUGACAUCGGUACCUGUGGAGGAUGCAACCUCUUUCUCAAACGUAGGAAUAAACCAUCAUGCAAGCAGACGCAAGCGAAGACGCAACUCCGGCAAAAUGGAGCCCCCUAUCACCCACUUUACUCCCGUUUGCAAGGCAGGAUAUGAAGAUAAAAGUUACAGUAAGACGGGUCAAAGAAAUUCCUUCCACACUCCAAGGGUCGACGGCUCAGGACUUCGCCAGCACCAGCAGCACCACAGUCAUAUAAAGGAACAUCAGAAGAAGUUCCAGUAUGGGAACUACAAUAAGUAUUACGGAUAUCGCAACCCAAACUGUAGCGAAGACCCUCGAAUACAUGUUCUUCGUCAUGAGUGGUUUGAAGGUAAAGAUAUUCUGGACUUGGGUUGCAACUCCGGCCACCUGACCCUCUAUAUUGCCAAAAUGUUUAGACCGACGCGCAUAUUGGGUCUGGAUAUCGACAGCGGUCUCAUACAUGCAGCUCGUAAAAACAUUAGACAUUAUCUCUCUGAGCUACAGACCCAAGAGGCCAGGCAUGCAACGCAGGAGAAAAAGCCGGCCAAGCAGGAAGGGAAUAAUGGGAACGAUGGGCAGGAAGGCAGGGAGAAAAAAUCUGAUGAAGCUAAGGGCGGCGAUACAGCUGACAUGGACUGCCACAAAGAUGAGGUUGGCACUCAGAGGCAGGGCAGGGAGACUGAUGAUGUGGAGCCAAAGCAUUGUGAUACACCUGCUGAUUGCUCGUCCAGCUGCUCUUUCCCCGUGUCUCUGCGGAUCUCCAGGGGACCCAUCGCUGCUCCCCCAAUUACAGAAACGUGUAACACGCAGCCCGGCAACUUCCCUGCUAAUGUGUCCUUCGUUAAGGCUAACUAUGUUCUAGAGAAUGACAAUCUCCUCCUGACUCAGAGGGCAGAGUAUGAUGUGAUCUUGUGCCUCAGCGUCACCAAAUGGGUGCACCUGAACUGGGGAGAUAGCGGUCUGAAACGGCUCUUUAAAAGAGCCUACAGACAUCUCCGUCCUGGAGGCUUGUUCAUCCUGGAGCCGCAGCCCUGGGAGUCCUACGUAAGGAGGAAGAAGCUGACAGAAAACAUUAACAGGAAUUAUCGCAGCAUCAGACUCAAACCUGAGCAGUUUUCGUCUUAUCUCAUAAACGAAGUGGGCUUCACAAGUUUUGAGCACCUCGGGUCUCCAAAGUGUUCAGUAAGAGGUUUUCAGAGGCCAAUUUAUGUUUAUCACAAAUGACCUCCCCUGCCUUCAACAACAGUGAAUGUGAGUCGCUGAAAGCUUCACCUUUUAUUCAGGCCAGCCAGCUUCACUGGACUGAGACCCAUCAUCCUUAACAGAUAGGGUUAGCUCUUGAUGCUGAAGAUCAAAGUCUAAAGGAAAAGAGCCACAGGGACCAAAAGAGGAAUUGAUUGUUCUGUCAACAGGAUGCUUCUUAUCUUAAAGACUCUGACAAGUAACUAUCAGUUUGGCCCGACUGUGGAAGAAAUGCCGAGCGGAUCACUCCCUUGAACUGUCCGACUGGUAAUGAUCCAUUGCCACACUGUGGUUGCUCAGAUGUCAUCACAUUCAAAAUGUUCUCUCUUGCUACAUAACUAGACAUAAUGAACCAGGGUUUCUCAACUAGUCAUUAGAUCAGUUUUAACAACUUUAGAUGUUCUAGUCAUCAGAUGUGGGUUUUGUGUGGAGGAGUGCAGUGAAACUAGGGGUUACUGAAGUGGCUUCAUACUAAAAAGGAACCUUUUGAAAAUCCAAACAGAAACUCAAGUGACGCAGCAUCAUGCAGGUCAUGUUUUUACCCCCAUCAAUAGAUAUAUGCAAAGUUUAUUUGCCCUUUCCAAACAUUUUGUCAUGGCGCUCAAGUAUGUGCCCUGCUUUUGAACACUAGUGUUAUUUGUCCUGAACUCUCUGAGAAUGCAGCUAACUUCACAAAAGUCCUAUAAAGAUAAAUAUAACAAUCCAAAAUAUCAUUUUUUUUUUUAUUUCAAUUAUAAACUUUUUUUUUUUCAGCUGACGGCUAAUUGAGGUGGACCUCUGGUGUAGACCAUAAAAAGACUUGGAUUUCAUCACAUGAUCAAAUUCUUUCAUUAUCCUUAGAUAAGUGAAUAUCUUUAACUUUAAUAAACCUUUAACCUGCAAAUACAGAUUCUAGACAACUGUUUUUUCUUGAUUAGCUGUGAUAUAAAUGGAUAUAAAAACAGCCUUGAAAGCUACUGUUGGCAGUCUUUUACAGCAUUUUGUGUUGUUGAUUAGCGCAGUAAGCUUUACUUAAGCAGCAGUCUCCAAGUGUAUUAUCAACAGGGUGUUAAUCCUUACCUUACAUCUAAAAUUAUAAAUAUGAGGGCAACUUAAGCACAAAACGCUAACAUGCUAACUUUGCUAAAAUAUGUUCAGCCUUCCUGUUAUCAGCUGAAAGUCUCGCUCCCGCCCCCUCUCUAGCAGCCAGAGUUAACUGUAAACAUGACCCAACAUAUCAGAUUAAAAUGUUUUUUCUUUUAGAUAGUUUCUUAGGGGUUUGUGCUUCCACUGAAUUCAUUUCAAACCCUUCUCUGACAUCCAGAUUGGCUAACAAACUGUACUGAAAGGUUUUGAUAACUGUUAGCCUAAAGUAAGCUACAUUUGCUGAGAGGCAAAAGAUAAAAAAAAAAAAAAACAUUUGCCUAUUUCUUGGUGCAUCUAAACAAUAAUUUUAGUCAGCACUCAUAAUAUUCUAUAAUUUAUGAAGACUUAGGGUUGCCAAAAGAUGCGCUCAGUUUUUCCUCGGAGCAAACAGUCAACUGUUUUUAAGGAAUCAACCAGCCUUUUUAUGCUCCUCUUUACCGGUUUUUCUAUUUUAACGAUUCCCCAAAGCAUUCUGUUCUUGUAAUUGUCUCCCACUUCCUUCUUAAGCAGUGUCCUUGCCUGAGAUGCUGACAAAGCUAAAUAAGCAGAGAGAAGGAUCUGAGAUCGGGACAGGCGUACAGAAAGGCUGCUUUGAUCCUCAGUGGCGGGUGGGGAGGAGAUCAAAACGGCGUCUGAGACCCUCACAAAGAUAUGUUUGGCUCUGUGGAACUAAAAGAUUUUUAUUUGAAAAUAAAAGCUCUUUUCAGAGAAAGUAUCUCUUUUUGGUUUUUACUCGGAUUUCAAUAUAAUGCGUUUGAAUUGACGUGCUUCCCAACUAUUUCUGAUGGUUUGAUAAAAGAUGUCAACAAUGUUUUGCUCUAAAAGCAACACAAAGUUUAGGAAUGUGUCGAGCUUUUAUGGUUGUGCUCCGAGCUCCAAGGAUUGGUACAUCAAGGGCAGAAAACCGUCCACUUUUCAGGAGAUAUUUGUUGAUAUUGUUAAUGAAAAUGAUAGCCAGUGAAAAACUGGGAUGGAUGUUAUGUUUCUAAUCCAGUAAGUAAUCAUUGUAAAUAAGUUGCUGCAUUAUUUUCUGUUGUUGAUGUUAAGUUCUUAACUACUGCGCUGUUUUAAGUUUCCCUGUCUUCAAAUGUUUGAUGCCAAUUCAAGUGUGAAGCUGCAGGUCUUGUUGUCCUUUAAGAUUUUCUAAUCCAGCAUUGAUUUACAAAUGAAUGUGGACAUUCUUACAUUGAUUUUGGUUUCCUCUGCCCUGCAGGGCAGUUGUAUUUUUUUUAUUUCUGAUGUUUUGUUUUUAUGUUUGUUCUCGAUAAAUUGUUUGAAAGAAGCAAA